GGGGGGUCUCGGGGGGGCCGGGCUCUGUGCCGCGACCCGCGCUGCAGCCGUUCCCCGCGCGGCGCGAGAAGAGCCGCCCCGCCCCCGCCAGGCACUUAGCGCGGACACCCCGGGCUCGCGCUGCACCGCGCUCGGCCGCCGGCUGGGGCCUGCGCGGGGCCCUCGCGCUCUCCGCGGCGGCGCGCGCGCGGCUCCUGGCUGAGGAGAUGCCCCCCAAAGGGAAAAGCGGCGGGCAAAGGGGGAAGGGAGGAGCCGCUGGCGGUGGGAGCAGUGGGGAGAGGCAGGCCCCGGCCCCGGCCCCGAAGGGCGGCGGCAGCUCCGUGAAGGUUAGACACAUCCUGUGUGAAAAGCACAGCAAAAUCAUGGAGGCCAUGGAGAAACUGAAGUCUGGAGUGCGCUUCAGUGAAGUAGCCUCACAGUACAGUGAAGAUAAAGCCAGACAAGGGGGAGACUUGGGCUGGAUGACCAGAGGUUCUAUGGUGGGACCUUUCCAGGAAGCAGCAUUUGCCUUGGCAGUCAGCAGUAUGGACAAGCCAGUGUACACAGACCCUCCUGUCAAAACGAAGUUUGGAUACCACAUAAUUAUGGUUGAAGGGAGAAAAUAAAAUAUAAAAAAGAGUGAA